GAAAAUGGGUCCCACAGACCCGAACACCUUACAAGGGUUAAGAAUAAUUAAAGAUUUCAACAUAUAUUUUUAAAAGCCAGUGUACAACCUUACAAACACUCCGAAUAAAGGCUUGCAUGUAUCAUAUAAAAUAACUUAAAGAACAUCACGUUUUAGAUAGUUGUCAAUGACAAGGCCUUUUUGCAUAAUCAAAAACACUGAACUGUCAUGUAAGUCAUCCCUUUCAUGUGCUGUGUGAUAAUUUAUCCAAUUUGAAAACAGAUAUUUGUAUCUUCUCAUGAUACAUUUUUACAGAUUCAGGGAGGGGAUGAAGACCCUUGGUGUUCUUGAUGCAAUAAGAAUGCAGCCAGAUGCUUUCAGACCGCUGUUUAGUCACGAGCCAUCCCCACUCACAGCUGAUGUACUAGAACAGCUCUUUGAAAUUCGACUGUCAGCAGUGGGCAGCAACAAAAGAAGGGCAGAGGAAUGUGUGGUUGCAUUUUGGAGGGACUACCUGCUGGAUGUUGAGGAGCAAGAGGGACCCUUGCAACUUGGGGGUAUCCUGGCCUUUGCGACGGGAGCAAAUUCAAUUCCACCCCUGGGCUUCUCCCCACGACCUUCAGUGGAUUUUCUCCAUGAGCUGCCCCUCAGACAAGGCCGUCAUUUACCACCGCAAACACAUGCAUUAACUGCCUGCGGUUGCCAGUCCUGAAAGAAUUCGAGGAUUUCAAGGAAACUAUGGAUUUUGCAUUAAAAAACACUCAGGGAUUUGGUCAGGAAUGACUUCCGAGAACUCCUGAACAUACAUUAUUAAAAUCUGUUGCCUGUUGAACUUGACUAAAUUGAUGAGGCAUCGUUGUCAAUAAGUCACUAUUUCCUAAUACAUUA